AUGUCUUCCAAUCUACAUUGGACAUCGACAUCGUUACUUGCCAUUCCGUCCAGCAAAUUGCGAUUUAAUUUGUACAUUGGAAGCCUAGAUGACAGGUUCGAUACGGUGGCAGCGUUUGUCUCGCUUGCGAGUGACAACGAUUGGUAUGGGAAGUUGAUAAUUAAAGAAGGUGGAGACAAUCCGUUGCUGAAAUUGGUGAAAGAAGGGAAACCAGAAGUGACAACACUGAGGGCUAUUAGGCAAAGCUUUAUCGAUCAAAACAGUAGGCUUAGUAAUUGGAUGCGUGGAGAUCCAUGUGUAUCAAAUUGGACUGGAGUCCUGUGCUUCAGCAAAACCCUAGACAAUGGUUAUCUUCAUAUUCGAGAACUGCAACUACUGAAUCUCAAUCUUUCUGGAACUUUAUCUCCAGAAAUAAGGCAAUUAUCUUAUAUGCAAAUAUUGCUUUUAAAUGGAAACAAUCUAACAGGCUCCUUGCCAGAAGAGAUUGGGAAUCUCCCCAAUUUGAACCGCAUACAAAUCGACCAGAAUCACAUAUCUGGACCAACACCAGUCUCAUUUUCAAAACUGAACAACACAAAGCACUUAAGUUUUAGGAAUUGCAAUUUGCAAGGAUCAAUCCCUGAUCUUAGCAAGACACCACAUCUUACUAAUAUGCUUGUUUUUGACCACGAAAGGGAGGAUCUUUUCGGAUGCCAUGAUGCCCAUAUUCGUUGUAUCGAGUACUCUUAUGCAACUGGGUAUGCACUUAGCUCUGUGGAAGGUCAUGUUGCAAUGGAGUUUUUUGAGCUUACUGAGACUGGUCAAGCCAAAAAAUAUGCAUUCAAGUGUCAUAGGAAAUCAGAAGUUGGAAGAUACAUUGUUUACCCUGUAAAUGCCAUUGCAUUUCACCCUGUGUAA